GAGAAUCUUUCCGGCGAAAGGAAAUGGCAAGAAGGGAACGAGUACGAUGAAGUUGAGUUAGAGCGGGAGUGACAACACCGUUGACCACUAAAGACGAGAGCUUUAGAGACACAACAAUGGAGCUGAAUAUUUCUGAGGGUCGAAGCAGAUCAAUUCGUUGCAUUGUGAAACUUGGAGGUGCGGCGAUUACUUGCAAGAACGAGCUGGAGAAGAUUCACGAUGAGAAUCUGGAGGUCGUUGCGUGUCAGUUACGUCAGGCGAUGAUGGAGGGUUCAGCUUCGAGCAAGGUUAUUGGAAUGGAUUGGAGCAAGAGACCUGGAAGCUCUGAGAUUUCUUGUGAUGUGGAUGACUUAGGAGAUCAAGAGUCUUCUGAGUUUAGCAAAUUUGUUGUGGUUCAUGGCGCAGGUUCCUUUGGGCACUUUCAGGCCAGCAGAUCUGGAGUUCACAAAGGAGGACUUGAGAAACCUAUUGUCAAAGCUGGUUUCGUUGCUACUCGUAUAUCUGUCACAAAUCUUAAUCUUGAAAUUGUACGAGCACUUGCCAGAGAGGGCAUUCCUACAAUCGGCAUGUCUCCAUUUUCAUGUGGUUGGUCAACCUCCAAAAGAGAUGUGGCUUCUGCGGAUCUAUCAACCGUAGCUAAAACAAUAGACUCAGGAUUUGUCCCUGUUCUCCAUGGAGAUGCAGUGCUGGACAAUAUACUGGGCUGCACCAUAUUGAGUGGUGAUGUUAUCAUCCGUCAUCUUGCAGAUCAUUUGAAGCCAGAAUACGUUGUCUUUCUCACAGAUGUACUAGGUGUCUACGAUCGACCACCUUCAGAGCCUGACGCUGUGCUCUUGAAAGAGAUCGCUGUUGGAGAAGAUGGAAGCUGGAAGGUUGUGAAUCCAGUGUUGGAGCACACAAACAAGAAAGUUGAUUACUCUGUUGCGGCGCACGAUACAACCGGUGGAAUGGAAACAAAGAUAUCAGAAGCUGCUAUGAUUGCAAAACUUGGAAUCGAUGUCUACAUUGUGAAGGCUGCGACAACUCAUUCACAGAGAGCACUCAAUGGUGAUUUGAGAGAUAGUGUUCCUGAAGAUUGGUUUGGUACUAUCAUCAGAUUCUCAAAGUAGACAGACACACUAAUUCCAGUUCCUCAACAAAGAAGCAUUGACCUCUUCUUGCUAAUACUAUCUCAUUGUUUCUGCAUAUUUACCAGACUUUGUGCGAGGACGAUAUUGUGUAAUGUCAAAACAAGUUAAAAUGUUGAAUGUUAUUAACCUGUGUAAUAUGUUUACAUAAGUAAUCAAUCACCAUUCUUACACUGA